AUGCUCUCGGUGGGCCUCCGCGGCGACGCGACGGCCGCCUUUGUACACGCGCUCACCAACAAGCCGCCGGUCUGUCGCCGGCUCGCGCCGUGGCGCCAUACACACGUGCACAUCUACCGCCACGGCGGCGCGCUCCAGGCUCGCGCCGGCGGCCGGCCCGUCGACGCCAUCCACGAUGAAAACGGACGCCACUGGACGCGCGUGCGCUCGGUGAGCCUCGUCGACGACCCGCACUUGCUCUUGCCCCUCCAUGCCGCCCUUGUCGUACCGUCCGAGAAGGACCUCGCGCUGCGCCAGCUGUGCACACUGCCACCGCCGACGUGGAAUGCACACGAGGCACCGCAGAUGCGUGUCUUGCAGUCGUUUGAUCCCAACCCGACUGGCGCAGCGUGCGCAACGCUGCGCGGCGGCGUCGCCGUCGGUGCCAUUACCCACGGCGUCUUGCGCGUCGGCGACAUUGUCGAGCUCCGCCCAGGACGCUUUCUUCGGGAUCCGUUGAGCAAGCGGCUUCGCUGCACGCCACUACGCACGCGCAUCACGGCGCUCACGGUCGCGAGCACGGCCGUUGCCGAGGCCGGCCCGAGCGCGCUCGUUCGCAUCGCGACGACGCUCGACCCGACGCUGACACGGGCGCACCGGCUCAUGGGACAAGUGCUCGGUCUCCCGGGGACACUGCCGCCCAUCUAUAUGGCGCUAACCGAUGUUGUGCGCGUUCACAUUGGCGCCACGACGGUCGACGCGUCGGUCGUGUCGCUGGCGAGCGACCGCGUCCAGCUCGUGCUCGCUGCGCCUGUGUGUGCUCACGCAGGCGAAGCCAUUGUGCUCACGCGCCGACGCCACGCCCGGUGGCUGACGCUGGGCCAUGGAACGCUGGCGGAGGGCGAAGUGGCCGACAUGACGGACGCCUGA